CUCUCUUUUUAUACAACGCUAUUCUUCGAUCAAUCCUCUCUGUCCUUCUUGUUAAUUUUUUUUACGCAAUGCUUCUUCCAUUUCUCUCUUCCUCUCUGCUUCUCCGUCUAUCUUCUCCGAUCAUGUCUCCUGAUCCCUUCUCCUUCCUAGCAUCUUCCCCUAAUUAAUGCAACCAAACUUAUCAUUGUUUAUUUAUUCUCAGAGAAUUAAGAUCGAUUUUAUUAGUAACAGAAUAAAACCUUAGGGAGAGAGAUAUAUAUGGAGAGUUCGUUAGGUUUCAUGGCUGUUUUCGCCGUCUCAGGAAGCGUGGUGUUCGUUGCAAGUCAAUUCCACAAGCGUCUCCUCUCCGAUUACUUGGACAAGUUCGAACUUGAAAUCCUUCAUUUUGUUAUAGGAUCACCAGACAAUGCGGUGAUAAAGAAGAAGGUGAGAUUCGCGGCGGAUGUGGUGGAGCCUUCCGGGAAUAACAAAGAGUAUCGCCGGAGACACUCCUCCAAGGCUAAAUUCAAUAGGGAAUUGAAGUUGGCGGCAACUAUUUGAAGUUUUUUGUACAGAAUUAGUCAAUAUGUAAACUAUUCAUUGGGUUUUGAGAUUAAAUUUUCAUUACUAAGUUUCUGAUUUUCUUCUCUUAAAACUGAUGAAUAUGUUUUGCAAAUUCCAUAUUUUUACUAUUUUCUUCACUUUUUUUGGGGUUUUGCCUGUUAAUAUUUUGUUUGUGUAAAUACAAAAUGUGAUUGCUAAUUAGUAAUUACUUUUUUUUUGUC